AAGUGGAGAGAUUCAGCUGUCCAGACAUGGCAUCUUUUUGUUCUUAAACCCAUCAUUUCAAAGGGCCAUUUAAGUUGGUUUUCGAGGGUCAUUUCCACUCAUACACGAUCCCCUUCUGAAAGCUAACUUUAGAACUUCCCCAGCAUAAACUGCGAACGUCCCCCACGUUCUCCCAUAUAAGAGACGCUCUGUGACGCGGACGUGUCAUGUCACCGCUCCGCCCCCAAACACGUUGUAACACCGCAAGCAGUGGCACCCGCCAGUUCCCAACGCCAGGCAGAGAGGUGGACCCGGAGCGGGAUGGGCGACUGGAAAGGCUACAUUAGUGCGGUGCUGAGGGAUCAGCGCAUCGACGACGUGGCUAUUGUGGGCCACGCGGACAAUCGCUGCGUGUGGGCAUCGCGGCCCGGGGGCCUGCUAGCGGCCAUCUCACCGCAGGAGGUGGGCGUGCUCAUUGGGACAGACCGACGCACCUUCCUGCAGUCUGGCCUGAGCGUGGCGGGCCGCCGCUGCUGCAUCAUCCGUGACUACCUCUUGGCGGACGGCGACGGCGUGCUGGACGCGCGCACCAAGGGGCUGGACGGGCGCGCGGUAUGCGUGGGCCACUCGCCGCGCGCGCUCCUUGUGCUCAUGGGCCGACGCGGCGUGCACGGAGGCAUCCUCAAUAAGACCGUGCACGAGCUGAUCCGCGGGCUUCGCACUCAGGGCACCUAGCAGCACAGCAGGACCGCCCCGGGCGGCGGCAGUUGGAAUAAACCGUGACUUGGCUGUGAUGGCUCACUGUCCGGUUUCACGUGGGCAGUUGUAAAUAAGGAAACUGGUGUAUGGGAAGGUCUUUGCAGAAGGGUAACGAGGUGGGGCUGGGAUUAUGAGUGUAGAGGCUUCCCAGCCUCCUGUGCC